UUGAAGUCAUGUUAGGUUGUUUAAUAUUUAUCGGAGUAAUUUCUCUGAGCCUCAAUCUUUUUCGAAUUUCACAAAUUGUAUCAUCUGACAAGACUAAUAUUAAGGAAAUGAUAUGGCCCUUUACAUUAACAACUGCCUGUAUACUAUACAUGUUUGUAGCAAAUUAUAUGGGACAAGAUAUUAUAGAUAUCAAUAAUUACUUAUUCGUUACUGUAUACAAUGUUCCAUGGUACAUAAUUCCUCUGAAUGUGCAGAAAAUAAUACUCUUCCUGUUGCAAAGGGGCACUAAGGAAUAUGUAAUGCGUGUCGGUGGACUUUUUGUGGGAUCGUUAGAAUGUUUUGCCACGUUGGUGAAGGCUUCGGUAUCUUAUUUUACUGUCAUACAUUCUACACGAUGA